CCCGACAACAAACGAAAAGUGUUUGUUUAGCUUUUCCAGAUUUGUUUGGAAAAAAUUUAAUAUAAUCCCCGAGAUGUAUCAGAUUACUUAGUAACUUAUGUAAAUUAAGUAAUAUAAAUUAGUAAUUUAUGUUAAGCGAGUCACAGAUUGAAAUGAAGAUUAUAUUUCUGAUUGUUUCGCUAAUCCUUGUAAACUUAACACGUUCAAUACCUGUUGAGGAUGAUGAUUGUUUAUCAUUAUUCAGUAGUGAGGUAUGCGCAGCUUAUGAAAAUUUAAGAAUUAAAGAUGAACCUAAACAUGGUUACAGUGGAUACCAAGAUGUCGAUUUUUUAACUAACGCGCUUAAGAUGAAGUUAGACUUUUUAGUUCGACUUGGGUUAUUGAGCAAAAUACCGCUAGUUGGAGACGCACUUAAUGAUUUUGUUGCCAACAAUCAAGACUUAAUUGCCGGUGUCGUUAAGGGUGGAAUUUCAGGACUUAUAAAACUCAUACCUUUGUUGCUUUCAUUUGUAGGAUAAAUUAAAAUUUUGUAUAUAAUUUGAAGAAAAAAAGUAUUUUAUUUAA